AUCGGAGAAUUCAAAAUUCCAUGUUGGCAUAAUUACGUUUUCGUUUCUUAAUCCUUAAGUAAACUCCAAUUUCGAAAAUAUUCGUCACAUUCUUGCCUAUUGUCCCAAAACCAAACCAGUUUGUGGUUCUAGUUUCUUGCAAUUGAAUUCUUCCAAGAAGAAAGAGUGCUGCUAUUCAGUAUUCAUUAACAAUGUCAGAUUCCAUAAGCUUGAUAAGAAACACAUUUUCCAAUAAUUUUUCCACGGAGAUGUUGAGGAACAUGGGAAAAGCAGCUGAAAUCAUAGAUGGAAAGAAAAUUGCAGGCGAGAUUAAAAAAGAAUUGAAACGUGAUAUCGACAAAUGGAUGGAGAAUAACAAUAACAGGGCUCCAAGUUUAGUGGCAAUUUUGGUAGGAGAGGAUCCUGCCAGCAAAAAAUAUGUGCAAUUCAAGAUGCAAGCUGCCAAGGAAGUUGGCAUCACAAGUUCAACUAUCAAACUUGAUUCUUCGGUGACUGAAAACGAACUUUUGGAUCUUAUAAAUAAACUUAAUAAAGACGACAAAUGUGAUGGGAUACUGGUGCAACUGCCUGUGCCAGAUCAUGUUUCGGAAAGGAGAUUAUGUAACGCAGUUGAUCCAAAGAAAGAUGUUGACGGUUUUCAUAUAAAUAAUAUCGGAAAGCUCUGCAGUAACGUUGAUACGUUUGUACCUUGCACAGCUUUAGCGGUUAUAGAAUUGCUCAAAAGGUCAAAAAUUGAAACCUUCGGAAAGAAUGUGGUGGUAUGUGGGAGAUCAAAGAAUGUUGGACUUCCUAUGGCUAUGCUUCUUCAUUCUGAUUAUAGAAAUGAACUUCCCGGUAUGGAGGCUACAGUGACCAUGUGCCACAGGAAUACUCCUCCCGAUGAAUUAAUGUAUUUCACUAAAAGAGCAGAUAUAAUCGUUAGUGCGACAGGUGUUGUGAAUCUUAUCAAAGCAGAUAUGGUCAAACCUGGGGCUUGUGUAAUAGAUGUUGGUAUUACUAGAAUACCAACCGAAGAUGGAAAGUCAAAAAUUGUAGGAGAUGUUGAUUUUGAAGGUGUGGAAAAAAUAGCUGGACACAUAACACCUGUUCCUGGCGGUGUUGGCCCAAUGACUGUAGCAAUGUUAAUGAAAAAUACCUUCCAAGCAGCAAAGGGAUUGAAAGCUGUAAUUCAAUAACUCAUUGUUGAUCUCAACAAAUUUAUAAAUUGAAUACCUUGGAAGUAUUAUAAUUAUUAUAUCAUAUUUAUAAAUGCACAAUAACACAUAAGAAUUUUUAUACCUAAUAAACUUACUGUUUUAUUUGA